AUGAUAGAAAAUGAGAAAUCUCUGCAAUGUGCUUUGAAUCAUUAACUUCCAAUCGUUUACGUUCUUCUUAAUCCUUCUAUAUCUAAAUAGCAGAGACUAUUGUGUACCGAAUGUUUGGAUAAUGUAGAUUUUGAAGGAAAAGUAAUUGGUUUCAAAAAAAUUAUUCAAAUGAUAGAAGAAUAAUAACAUUAGAAAAUGAAUCUAAUAGAAAACACGAUAAUUUAGUAUAUUUAAUAGAUUGAAUCCUUUCAUAAUCUGAUCAGUCAAAUGAAAUCAAAUAUAAUUUUACAAUUAGAACAAUUAAGUACAAUUCUUAAAGAUUGGAUCUCUAAUCUGUAUUCUAUAGGAUUGAAACAUUCGCAAUACAGUUUUAAUGAUGAAUUAGAAAUCAUAAUAAAUAAAAACAAUUAUAUGAAAUCGAAUCCAACUUCAUUCGUCAAAGAUAUCAGCAGAGAGUACAACAAUUAGAAUUCUAAGGCUGCAUCUAAAUUGGAAUAAUACAAUUAAUUUCCAGAAUAUAACAAAUGCAAACAAAUACUAUCAGAUAUUUAAAUAGAUCUAUCAAAGUAAGAAUAAUUUGAAAAUCUUAAUAACAAUUCAAUAAAUAAAAUAAUUGAAUUAAAAGACAUUAUUUAAAUAUAAUUUUUACAAUUAUUAUAAGAAAAAGAUGUCAAAUUUAAUUUUAUAGAUUAAUCUGUGAAAUAAAAGGAGGCUUGUGUAAGUAUAGUUUUCAAUUCUUCUGGAUCAAUUAUGGUAUCUACUAAUGAAGAAGUAAUUAAAGUAUGGAAUUUUAAUAGUGGAAGAAUUUAAUUAUUGUAAAAUUUGUAAUAACAUGAAAGCUGGGUUAAUUGUUUAAUCUACAGUAGAAUAUAAAAGGCAUUUUUAUCAUGUUCAAGUGAUAAUACAAUAAAAAUUUGGAAAUUAAAGAAGGAAAAUUAAUGGAUUAACUCAGAAUCCAAUAAAUAACAUACUGCUGAGGUAUUAUGUUUAAUUAUAAAUUAAAAUGAGGAUCAAUUAUUCUCUGGAGGUAAUGAUAAAUCAAUUAAAGUUUGGUAAUUAGAUUUCAGUAAUGAUAAACUAAUUUAUUAAUAUUCUUUGGAAAAACAUAAAAGUAUUGUAUAUGAAGGGAGUUGA